AUGGGGAACAUCCUGAAGUGCUUCAGGGGAGACGAAGAAGAAGACCACUACCCCUACUACCAUCCAGGCUCCAGGCCCCACUACCCCCAGCAGCAGCAGCAGCAGCAAGCUGAUGGCCAUGGAGUCGCCUCCCUGGCGCACGACCUCCUCAACUUUGAGAGCGCGUCCAUGGUUCCUGAAGGGCUCAAGCAGCAUGUUACGGCGUCCAAGAAAGCACAGAUUAAAUGGUACCAGAAUAUGUUGGAGGCAUAUAAGAAUGCCAGAACCCCACCGAGAACACCGGAAGAGGCUGCACAACUAGUUGUAUCAGCCCUAAACUGGAUCCAGAGAGCUGAUUUGGAGGGUAUCCUCGAGUUCUACAACUUCCCCAUCCCAUCGCUACCUGCAGCAUCCUCAAACCACCGUCCAUCCUCGCUGCCAGAGGGUGUGCAGUUUGUCUUGAACACUUUACCGGUUCAUAACCAAAACAUUGGAGAUGGCGAUGGCUUUACCGCUUAUGUUGCCACAACCGAUCCGAGGGAGUCUGGGAAUGUUCCUAUAGAAGUACAUGAGAUGGUGAUUGCGAGGACUGAAGCACGCAAUCGUAGGGAUUACAAGAGUGCCGAUGCACUUCAAAGUAGACUUAAAGAAGCUGGAUACAAGAUAAUCGUCUGUUCAGACGAAGAGAUCCUAGCAAGGAAAUACCGAAUCAGAAUGAGGGGAAUUGAUGCACCAGAGCUUAAGAUGACAUAUGGGAAGGAAUCAAAGAGUGCUUUGGUGAAGCUCAUUGGUGGGAAAAGAACCACAAUUCAUGUGUAUGGGCAGGACCAGUUUGAUCGCUACGUUGGUGAUGUCUAUUGCAAUGGUGUGUUCAUCCAGGAGAAAAUGCUGAAGAAUGGUCACGCAUGGCAUUUUACGACCUACGACAAGCGCCCAGAGUUUGCUAAAUGGGAGAGAGAGGCAAGAGCUGCACAGCGAGGGCUCUUUGCCUCACUCAACCCUGAGAAGCCGUGGGACUGGCGAAGAGAGCAGCGCAACGGUGGCAUUCAGGCAGAACCGCCAAAAACAAUUUUGCAGGGUAACAUACAUAAAAUUUCAGGAAGACUGAGUAAUGUAGGAAGCAGCAUAAGAGUAUGA